CCGUGACGUGUGAUUUGCGUAUUUGUGGUUCGUGGUAGUUUUUUCAGUGCAUUGAAAAGCAAUAAAAAUCAUUGUAAAAUCAAAUUCGUCACGCAGUUUUGUGAUUGCCACAUUAAAAACCGUUUAACCAAAUGAAUCAUUCGUAAAGUUGGGCUUCUUUGUUCGAAGUUGUCUUGCACCGAGAAGUGGAUUCUCAAAGAGGAGUGGUGCAGAUCAGUGAAAAGGUUAUGCCACUCCGCAACUGCUUCAAGUGUGAGAUACGCAGCAGAUAGCUGCGCCAUGCUGUGUAAUUGUGUGUUUCUCGCUUCAAUGAAUGACGGAUGCUGUUGGUAGAUGUGAUGUUCAAUAUAGAGUGAGCUUACCGUACCAGUCCAGCUGUUGGAUGGAAACGUAAUUUCUAUUGAACACGGCAAGUUUUGGAACAGUUUGUUGAAACGAUUGAAACGCCGUGUCUGGCGUCUUAAUAUCUUUCGCCACGUAAUUAAUCGUAAAACUCUUAAUAUUCACCGAUAGAUACUUGGCAUGGAAACUUGUAAACUAGAAUUCUACGUACCGACUUCAAGAAAAAACCAAAUAUAUGUUACUUAGUUUUCAAUCGUAGGUCAGCUUGUGGUGCAAGAAUUCAUGUAGUUUCAGCACUAAAUGUACUAAAGCAUAAAUAAGCCCAUCGCUUUUAAUUACACCAGCUAAGCAGAGAGCAAUCUGUGCUAGUGAAUGAAGCUCUAGCUCCCUCUCAUUCGAAUCUGGUGUAGUUUCCUCUUCAAUCCUGACGGAAUCGGAGCAAGGUGUCUGCUGCAAAAGUGUUGUGCAGUUUCGAAAGUAAAAUGUGUGCAAAUAAGGAAAAUAGUGAAUAAAAUCUUCAAACACAAAUAAUAGCGGUAAAUAGAAAGCACUCGUUAGUAAAAAUCGUGUGAACGCACAAAAAAAUUAACAAUAAUUAUUAGUGCUACGUAAGUGUACGAUCCUGACGCUAGACAACGUUUAGCAAAAUUAUCCAUCUAAUUACAACAAAUCUGUCUCGAGCUGUUCCAUAAUUGUCAGUUGGCUGGGAUAUGGAAACAAUAAUUAUUGAAUAAACUCUUGUUUCUGCUCGAAAUAAGUCCAGAAUGAGAAAAGUCUUGUCUUAAACCGGAGAAGACUACUUGUGUCCGUGUUGACGAAGGUGACAGUGAUAGAGAAGACGGUGCACAAAUACAUUUGCAGCUAGAGGCCAUUCGCACUUUUCGGUGUUUGACAUCAACUUGUUCACUUCGUACUAGCACUGCGCCCCUUGUGACGUCUAAAUUAAGAAGAUAAAUCGUUCACGAGAAUUGUGCAGCAGCACACGUAGCGUUCGCAGCUCUUAGUGCCACCGAGGCGAUUUGUUCGUACGCGCGUAUAAAUUAUUCGGAGGCGCCUGCAAAUUGCUGGUGGCCCUGGCAGUCAUCGAAUUCGGUUGGAAGUAGUAGUUACGUACUCAGCGCUUGUUUGGGCAACGAGUCGGACUUUGUAGACUGUAACAUCACCGACGAAAACGGUUCACUGUGCGGUGCGUGCGGAAUCAAGGGUGAUUUACAGACAGGUGCGAAACUAGCCGGCUCAGCAAUGGUGGUACUGUAGAAUUUCUAUUCCUCAAGGGUAGGGUAAAACAAGCUCACCAAAGUGAACGUGUGCGAUAGUAAUCGAUAGUCUGUAGCUGAAUCGGUGUUUUCAAGGAAUAAGUUGCAAAUAUCCGCUCAAUAAAAAGAAUAAUUCUUAAUUUAGUAGUGCAAUUCGGGUUUCGAAAUGUUUCCUAAUCGCGAGUGAAUGAAGUUGUCCAGUUUACGCAAUUUCCACACCAGCCGCUCGACUAGCGAAUAAAAAGCCAAUUUUGAUAUUUGCGGAUGAGUGCUUAAUUAAACACACGAGCGAUUUGCAACUCGGUAGCGAUUUUUCUAGCCUCGUCGAAGCUAGAAAGAAGCACACACACACCAGAAUACCAAGAGAGCAAAUGUUUACCGAUUCCAUCAUCGAGUGAAGAUAAUCGUUCGAAGAUUAGAGCAAAUCAGACGCCACAGUGAAAGAGGCGGCAUCUGGAAAUUGAAAUUUUCAUGCCGCCGUUCGGAGUCUGAAGCCGUCAUCAUAUUUCCCCUCUGCUCAGCCUCCACUCCUCAACGCAACGGAGUUCGCAAACAAUCCACACUGAUACGGCUUCGUCACAGUGUACGGGGAGCCGUUUCAGUGGGGUGAACAAACGUGUCACGGGUUACAGUAGAGACAAAAGUGCUGCGCAACAUCAAAGCGCGAUCGGAUUUUUUCGUGGGCGAAAUUUUACCAACAAAAGGCCGUCAACCUGGAACUCAUGGAAUUAGAGAAUAUCGUGGCCAAUACGGUCUACCUGAAGGCGCGCGAAGGCGGAUCAGAUAGCAAUAAAGGCAAAAGCAAAAAAUGGCGCAAAAUCCUGCAGUUUCCACACAUAUCGCAAUGCAUAGAUCUCAAAAACAAAAUAGAUGUAAGUUACGGUUACGUAGUUGAUCAGCAACCAAUUGGACGUGAGCUGUUUUAUCAGUUUUGCAAAGUCAAACGGCCACAGUAUUUCCGGUAUAUCUCGUUCCUGGAUGACGCCUCAAAAUAUGAAAUUGCGGCCGAUGAGAAUCGCAUCGAUCUGGCGUACGAAGUGGUCAAACGAUACCUGGGUCUGUGCGUCGAUAGCAGUCAUGUAACCGAGGACAGCGGCGGCGGAGGUGGAGGUGACGGAGAUGAUGGGAAAUGCGAUGACGACAGUGGUAUCGGUGGAGACACUAAGAAAAUCAGCAACCACGAUGAUCAAAUCGACAAAAAGAGCUUAACUGGGUCGAACUCAUUGUCCAAUCCCGCUAACGCCAUUACCACCGCCAACAAUAGCAGUCAGAAUGCGGCAACCAAGAAAACCCACGGCGACGACGAUUUCGUGCUGGACGUCCUGAACGACGACAUUGUCGCACAAGUGCGGAGUAAACUGUCCACUUGUAGCAAAGAACUGUUCGAAGCGUCAAUCAGCGCAGUCAAAACAUUCCUAGAAGGAGAGCCUUUUCGGGAAUUCGAAGCAUCGAUGUAUUUUCACAGAUAUUUACAAUGGAAGUGGUUAGAAGCGCAGCCAGUUACUUACAAAACCUUUCGCAUGUAUCGGGUCUUAGGAAAAGGUGGAUUCGGCGAGGUGUGCGCAUGUCAGGUACGUGCCACCGGCAAAAUGUAUGCUUGUAAAAAAUUGGAGAAAAAGCGCAUCAAGAAGCGAAAGGGCGAAUCUAUGGUGCUCAUUGAAAAACAAAUCCUCCAGAAAAUCAAUUCCCGUUUCGUCGUGAACCUGGCGUAUGCCUACGAAACUAAGGAUGCCCUUUGUCUGGUGUUGACGAUUAUGAAUGGAGGUGAUCUUAAGUUCCACAUCUACAAUAUGGGCGGAGAUCCGGGAUUCGAGUUAAACCGUGCACGGUUCUAUGCGGCUGAAGUAGUCUGCGGGUUGGAAAACCUUCACCGGAUGGGAAUCGUAUAUCGGGACUGUAAACCAGAAAACAUUCUCUUAGACGAUCACGGUCAUGUAAGGAUAUCUGAUUUGGGCUUGGCUGUAGAAAUUCCUGAGGGCGAAAUGGUUAGGGGGAGGGUAGGCACCGUAGGAUACAUGGCUCCCGAGGUCAUUGAUAAUGAGAAAUAUGCCUUUUCGCCCGAUUGGUUCAGCUUCGGUUGUUUACUGUAUGAGAUGAUCGAAGGACAAGCUCCGUUUCGUGCCCGCAAAGAAAAGGUUAAACGAGAAGAAGUGGAUCGAAGGGUCAAGGAGGAUGCUGAAAAAUACUCACACAAAUUUAGCGACGAUGCCAAAUCUCUGUGCCAACAACUACUAAUGAAGGCUGUCAAAAAUAGACUGGGUUGCCGAAGUGGGCGCCAAGGUGCACGUGAAAUCAAGCUGCAUUCAUUCUUCAACAGUAUUAACUGGAAACGGCUGGAGGCGGGUUUGGUGGAACCACCUUUCGUACCGGAUCCUCAUGCAGUUUAUGCCAAAGAUGUGCUCGAUAUUGAGCAAUUUUCAACGGUAAAGGGAGUUAACUUGGACGCCACCGAUGAAAAUUUUUACUCGAAGUUCAACACCGGGUCCGUGUCUAUACCGUGGCAGAACGAAAUGAUCGAAACGGAGUGUUUUCGGGAAUUGAACGUAUUUGGCCAGGACGAGUGUCCCACACCAGAUUUGCUGAUUAAUGCCCCGCCGGUGGUUGAAAAACCGGGAUGCUUUCCAUUCCGAAGAAAGAAAAAGCAAUCUGCCCGAGAGAAACCGGUCCCAUUCAAUGAGAAAUUGCUUUCAUCUAGUCAAACCACUGUUACAAUCAGUCAAGCGCAGGACGAAAGCUGAUAGUACACUGUUGCUAGUCGACAGAAAGCGUCCGAACCGCAGGCAUCCACUGGCGAUAGCCUAAACAGCAAACAAUAGCAUCGGCACAAAUGAGAAUACACUUCACUAAUAUGAACUAAUUUGAACCAGCAACAUUUUGCAACUGCUCGAUUACUAAUUGCGACAAGCAAACAUAUGUUUAAAUUAAUCCCAGACGCGUUGGCUGUAAGAAGCUGAGUAGCAACUAUGCAAUAGUACACAGACAGGAAGCUGCUUCAGAUUUAGCUCCCAUUUUACGAAGGGCAAUGCAGUCUGCAUUUUUUAGCGGACCGCAACUAGGAAAAGAAGUAGUUUCCUUUCUUAUGGUGCAACCACAAACCUGUCGUAAUGGACGAAGAGUGAAAUCUUGGAAUAAGAAAUUUUUAAAGCGUUACUUUUAAUCACUCACACGCAGCAAUUAUUUGUUAUUUAUUUUAACAAACAGUUAGGAUGUUAUGUUCUGUAUAUUUUUGAUUUAUAAGUAGUUAAAUAUUUCUUUUUUCCCAAAUAGAGUUUAGUAGUAUUUUCAAACGAACGUGAUUUUUAUUUAAUAAUUUAGUGGUAGUAAAAUAUCAACAAUUGUACAUUGCUGCAAUGUAUCUAUAAAUUUUAUGAAUAGUAGGUUUAAAAUAAAACUCAUAUGUGUUUUGCGCAAGAAUCUUCAGAGAAACAAAGCAGAAAAUUGCAGUUUCUUAUCAGUCAAGACUGGUGAGAAAUGUGAUAGUAAAUAAAAAUGUAGCUUAUUUUUUUCGAGCAGAAAAGUGUAAUUAAGGAAAGGAUGCUGUUUUUAUAGGAAACUGUAAGCGAUACACAGAUAGUACUCCGGGCUCUUGGAGGCCAAGAAAACAAAAUUCUACUUCUACUUAGCUAACACAAAAUCGUGCAAUCAUAAGAAACAGUUAAAUAAGCCACAAAGCAUUGCACAACAUCACUAAACUUUACACGCCAAGUCAUAUUGAGCGCAAUUUAGUCAUACUCAUCGAAUAGAUAACUUUUCCGCUAAAUAUAUAACACAAGCUUGAAGGCACGCACAUAAAUUAAAAUACACGUUUGUUCUCCGCCUAACUAUUAUAGAAGUACCAAGAUAUCCGAGAGUCGAUGAUUACGUUUUUGACAUCUAUUUCUUGUUGAAAAAUUAUACUUUACCAUUAGUUUUUUUCGGAUUGUUUUUCCAUUUGUGAAAAUUUAGGUGAAAAUUUCAGUUCUGUUUCAGCUUCAAUUAGCUUAUGCUAAAUGCUUUAUGAAACAUAAACUUUUUAUGUUCGAUUGUUUAUUUAGGCUACAAUAUGUGUAAUGUAAUGGUAUGUUAAUAAAAUUUUUAUUUCAAUGGUUGUGUUCUCUAAUAUAUUGAGAAUACAGGAAGAAUCUGAUGAAUAUAUGCAUUUACUCAUGUCAUGAAUAUUGUUUAAAAAAAAAUCAGCGCAUUUCCAGUAAAAUGCAAUGGUAGUUCUUACUUAUGUAUAGUCAUUUUUCGGUUGCUUUUAAACGAUUGAAUUAGUGGUUCAUUUUUGCAAAUAGGACAGUCCAUUUAUUUAUUUAUUUCGAUCUCAAAUUACAGGUUUGACGCACAUAAUUGAAUUCGUGUUGGUGGUGUUGAUAAUAUUACACAUGUUCGUGCACAACAAGCGGACUAAUUUCGAUUUUAUCGAUUUUAUUUUUUACUCUUCCUGUCUAAUGCGAGUAGAGGUAUGCUGUGCGCUUCCAAAUUUGGUUACACCACGAUAAAAUGAUGAAAAAUUUGUACCUUUUUCAAACAUUUUGCGCAUUUCGUUGAUGAAAUCUGCAAAGUCUCCUGGACUAUCACCCAACAAAGGUGUCUAUUUGGUAACGUUGCUAUUGUUUUCGUUUCAUGAUUUGUGAUAAUUAAAGGCAUUUGUACUAAAUUUUAAAUGUCUUGGAUGCUAAUAUUCCAGAUUCGAAUUGAGCACAAUUACCGUAUGAUUUUAUUGUCUGUUAUUUUGUUAAGAUUUGCAACAUUUGUCAAAGUAAAAGAAAUCUAUAAAUGUGACAUCCAUUUAGAAAAACACAAGGUUUUAAAAAAAUCAGUAACCUUGCCGAUAAAAUAACAUAUAAUCUGCUAAUCGUUAUAUUUCCGAUUCUGAUGUCACGAUCACUGUAAUAAAUUUAUAUAAUGCGAAUGGAUAAACGAUAUUGGUAGAAGAAAAAUCUUAGUUUUUCGCACAAAAUAAUCACAAAUUUAAAACAACGCAGAAAAGAUUAAAAAAAUAUAGGCCAAACGCGUGAUAAGGAAAAUCUGCAUAACUAGAAAGUGAAGCAAAUUGUAUAAUAAAACACAAAUUACAAAAUCAAUUUCGAGAUUAUGUGUAUUGAUAACAAAGGCAGAAAAUAUUGCUUAUAUCCAUCUGAUAAUCAUUAGUAUGCAAACAAAAGCGGAAAAAUAUUUAUAACUAUUAGCAACAAGCAGUGAGCAGUAUUAGAGGCCAUUUUAGAACUCAUAAAUCGUAUAGCGAACUAAAUCGAAGGAUAGAAAUGUCAACUAUUCAUUAAAUGCGAUAAAGCGACAAACAAACGCAGCAGAUACACAAAAUGAGAAAGGUAAGCUCAAAAACACAACUGACGUUCCCACAUGAAAUCAAACACUCAAUUUUUGUAUAUUGAAUAUUGAUGGUUUUGAGAGAUCGAAGAGAGUUUUAUACCGUAGCUGAAUAUACCUAUUUACUAGUCUCAACACUUGUGAAGAAAGUAAGAAAACGCAUCAAAUGUCGUACUAGAACGACUAGAUAUUCCAAAGACAUGAACCCGUUUCCCGUAUAAAAUAGCCAUGUUCUCAAGCAACUUCUGGUGGCAGAUGAAAAACAACGUCAUAUUCGUUUAGUAUGAACGAAAUAAUAUCUAUGAGCUAGCUACUAACGACAACAAAAAUAUUCUUGGAAUUCACUGCGGCAUUAUAAUGAAAAUAAAUAUAAUGCUAUAUUAUUCUGCCAGCUAAUUUUCAAUCUCGAAGUAUAUUAUUGCCAAAUGAUAUAAAAAAGUCAUUUCUGUCAAUCACAAUAGCCAAUUAAAAACAAUCCUGGUCUAUAUAGGUUUCACCUGCAAAAUAAAACGAACCCGAAAAUAGAACUAGGUAACCAGCAAAACAAUUGUACAACAUGGCGCAACUAUGCCAAUUGUCAUCUUUCGUUACUACUCGUGAUUAUUCUUUGAAUGUAUCUGUAGAGAAAAAAAAGUGCAGUAGGAGAUACACUAAAGAUAUCUAUAGUUGAACGUAAUAGAAAUACUAACUUAUUGACUACGGACACAUUUUAAAUCUAACAGAAUGAAAUGAACGGAUUACUAGCAAGCGUACGUUUAAAAAAAUGAUAUGUAUAUUUAAGUAUCUAGUAAAAUGUAACUGAAAUAA